AGUUCUUUAUUUGCUCACAAUCAUGGGUCAGGAGCUUUCUGAUGAAUCUAAUGGUGAAGAACACCAAGAUUGGGAUUCCAGAUUUGCCACAUAUUUUAAGAACUUGAGGCUAGGAAACAAAAUCAUCUCUCAGGAAACCAUCCAUUCAAUCAAAUUACUCCUGACCAAAGGGAACAUUCAGGAGGUCAUCUCUGCAAUCAAUGAUGCAUUACAAGAAAUUGUUGAUACCCCAAUCAAUAUUGCUGUGACAGGGUUGUCUGGAGCGGGGAAGUCCAGUUUCAUCAAUACCUUGAGAGGGGUUGGACAUGAAGAGGAAGAUGCAGCCCCCACUGGGGUGCUGCCAAUGACCAUGCACAGAACACCGUACACACAUCCACAGAUUCCCAGUGUGGUUUUAUGGGACCUGCCUGGCAUAGGAACCACUAAUUUACAUGCAAAAGAUUAUUUUAAGAAAGUAAAAUUCAAUGAAUAUGACUUCUUCAUUAUUAUUUCUAGUACACGUGUCACACAACAUGAUUUAGACCUUGCCAAAGAGAUCAGAAAUAUGAAAAAGGAUUUCUACUUUGUGAGAACCAAGGUGGACAAUGCUUUAAAAUAUGAAGAGACAUGUAAACCAAUUACCUUUCAAAGAGAAAAAGUCCUGCAUCAGAUCCGAUACUGUUGUAUCGAUGCUUUAAAACAGAAUAACAUUGAUGAACCACAAAUUUUCUUGGUUUCUAACAAAAACAGCUCUGAGUAUGAUUUUCCAAUGCUGAAUGACAUCCUAUCAAAGGAGCUCCUUGCUCAAAAGAACAAUUUCAUGCUUUCUCUGCUCAAUAUUGCUGAGGCAGCCAUUGAAAGAAAGCAAGAGUCUCUGAAACACUUAAUCAGGUUAGAAGCCUUGAAGGUUGAAUUAUUACCACACUUACAUAAUAUUAUCAAGGAGAGUGAUGUGGAGAAGCUGAAGGAAAGCUUACAUGAAUAUCAAGUUAUCUUUGGAGUGGAUGAUGCAUCCUUGCAGAGUCUAGCUAAGGAUUGGCAUGUUUCUGUGGAACAAAUCAAGGAAAAUGUUAAAUCUGCAAAUUUGUUGAAAACUACAAAUGAAGAAACAAUAGAAGAAAAGCUUCAGGAAUGUUGGCAGAUGAUCUGCUCAGACAAUGGAAACCUCCUUGCUAUGAAUCUUUACAUUACAAAUAUCUUUUGCUUGCAAAUUUAUUUCCUUGACACUGUGACUGAUGAUGCAAAAGUUCUCCUGAAAAAGAUGUAUUUGAGAAAGAGGUUAAAUUUCAACUAGUAUGAAAUAUCCUGUGUGUUGAAUUCCUAAUUCAUGAAGGAUAAAUAACACAGUGGUGUCUCUAAAUAAUAUACUGAGUUCAUUGAGGACAUUCAGCCUGCAACUCAUAGUGAAGGAUUGCAUAUCCCUGUUUGCUGGACCAAUAGGAUGACACAUGUAUAAUAAGCAGAGAGCUCAGUACCAAACAUCCACUUAUAAUAAACCACCAGGUCAGGUAAUUUGACUGUAAUCUUGAUUUGUUUAAUAUAGCCAAUCCCUUAAGACGUUGCCAGCAGAAAUUCCUUUAUUACUAAUGUUGUUCUAUUACUCGGUAGGACAACUGAUCUACCAUAUGCACAAAUGUCAAAGUAGGGACCUAACGUGUGAAAAAGUAUGGUAAAU